AAAUACAACCAUCCAUUCCUGACUUAAAAAGAAACAACACAGAAUUCAUCUAAAAUAUAACUUAUUUUGUUUAAUUUUUGUGUAUUUUCUUCUUGAUUCCUCUUAAAAAAUAAUAUUAUACACCUCAUUCUCUCAAAACAUGCACCCCACAUUCUAUCAACCCCUACACCAAAAGCCCAUCAAUCUGAUGAUCACUUCCACAACUUUUUCAAACUCACUAAAUUCUUUCACAAGAAAUACAAAUAUGUUAAGAAUUUGAAAUUUCUUGUCUGUAACCAAGAGAUACAUAAUUUCAUGUUUUGUUUUGAAAUUUCUUGUCUCUUACCAAGAGAUGCAUAGUUUCAUGUUUUGUUUAUCUUUUCUGGUUUCUUGAUCAGUUUCUUGUUCUUUUGACUUUUUCUUUUCUUUUCUUCUUUUGUAUGAGUAUUUGAAAUGGUACGAGCUCUUGAACAAGAACAAGAAAAUUUAAGGUCUAGAUUGUUUCAUUUCAAAGGGAUGAAUGAGAAUUCAGGAGGUCGUCAUGCAAAGAGUCUUAGCGUCGAUGAGAGUAGUAAUACUAUAGAUGAAUCUUCCAUGGAUGAUAAGAUAACAUUUAGAAGCCAAGGAUCAAGACAUUCAAGUGAUCAAUCAUUGGAGAAACAACAGAUUGGAAGCGUGCUUAGUCGGAACGAUAAGGGUCCUAAGUCAAGGUUCAGCAAAGAUGAGGCUGCAGCUACAACUCAGGGCAAAGAUAAACAACAUACAGAUAUGGAACAGAUGAAAGAAAGAUUUGCAAAAUUGCUUUUGGGAGAGGAUAUGUCUGGAGGAGGAAAGGGUGUUUCCUCUGCUCUAGCAUUGUCAAAUGCCACUACAAAUCUUGCUGCUUCCGUCUUUGGUGAACAACAGCGUCUAGAGCCUAUGCCAGCAGAAAGGAAAGCAAGGUGGAGAAAAGAAAUCGAUUGGCUUUUGUCUGUGAGUGAUUACAUAGUUGAGUUAGUUCCUUCCCAGCAGAAAAACAAGGACGGGACGAAUAUGGAGAUUAUGGUGACACGACAGCGAACCGAUCUUCAUAUGAACAUUCCUGCCUUGCGCAAGCUUGAUGCAAUGCUUAUUGACUGCUUGGAUAAUUUCAAAGACCAAAACGAGUUUUAUUAUAUUUCAAAAGAUGCCCCUGAUUCAGAAAAGGGAAGCGCCAAGAGAAAAGAUGAUAAAUGGUGGCUACCUACUGCUAAAGUUCCACCAAAUGGAUUAUCAGAAGCGUCAAGAAAAUUUCUGCAGUACCAGAAAGAUUGUGUGAAUCAAGUCCUGAAGGCAGCCAUGGCGAUAAAUGCGCAAGUUCUAUCAGAAAUGGAGAUUCCUGAAAAUUAUAUUGAAUCCCUCCCUAAGAAUGGCAGGGCAAGUCUUGGAGACUCAAUUUAUAGGAGUAUUACUGUUGAAUUCUUUGAUCCUGACCAGUUCCUGUCCACGAUGGACCUAUCAUCAGAACACAAAAUACUAGACCUGAAGAACAGAAUCGAGGCUUCUAUAGUGAUUUGGAAAAGGAAGAUGAACCAGAAGGAUGGGAAAUCUGGUUGGGGUUCUGCUGUCAGUUUGGAAAAGAGAGAACUAUUCGAAGAGCGAGCGGAAACUAUCUUACUAAUCCUCAAGCAGAGAUUCCCAGGAAUUCCUCAGUCCUCACUAGACAUUAGCAAAAUUCAAUAUAAUCGGGAUGUAGGACAAGCAAUUCUGGAAAGUUAUUCAAGAAUUCUAGAAAGCUUGGCCUACACAGUGAUGUCCCGAAUUGAAGAUGUGCUGUAUGCUGAUUAUGUCACUCGAAAUCCAUCAUAUGCAGGACAGAAGAGGAACCCUUUAAAAGAGACACCUUCAGAAAGCACGACACCUAGAGAAGACUCAGCAAGGACGUCAGAUGCGGCCAAUUCAAUGACACUGUCAGAUUUUAUGGGUUGGAAUUUUGAUUCAAAUGAAGCUGACGGGAAGAAGGGUCCAGCUGGAAAUUCAGAUGAGAUAGUCAAAGACGAUACAAAGUUAACAGAAAAACUUGCCAGCAUAGUGACCAUAAAGAAACCUUCCUAUCUUGAGAACUUAGGAGGUGUAAGAAGCCCAACGGCGCGCCAUUGAUCCCCAACAAUAGGGGAUGAAAGGAAAACCCAUGUCGCGCACACACAGGAAGAAUGAUAGAAGAAAUAGAUACAGAAGAGUGAGGAAACUUGGCAUUGAAUUAUGAAAUACGAGGGUCCUUUUAGUUCAGACUUGAGGGUUUCUUGUUUUACAUUCUAUUCCUUCCUUCUGUAAAUAAAGAAGAAAGCAUACAAGUGUAAAAGAAAACUAUUGGAUUUGAAAUGCAUUAUGUAGUUUGUUAGACUGAAAUGUAAUUUUGGCAAUUAAUUCAUUCUUUGAGCGAGUACUGGACAA